AUGACUGCCAGCCGAAGUAUGGCGGCAAGAAAGGCUUACAGUGAUCACGAAGUGGUCGUGAAAAAUGGCUAUCCAAAGCUACCGUUUCUUAUCGGAGUCGCAGGAGGAACUGCUUCUGGAAAGUCUUCAGUGUGUGCCAAGAUUAUGGAAGAACUUGGUCAGUAUGAAGUAUUAGAUAAAAAACAGCGACAAGUGGCUUCUAUCAGUCAAGAAAGUUUUUACCGAAAUCUGACAGAGGCUGAAAAGCUGAAAGCUGACAAAGGACUUUUCAACUUUGAUCAUCCUGUUGCUAUAAGUUUGAUUGUCCAGCACAUUAAAGACAUCUUGAAUGGUGUUAUGAAACCUUUCAACUGCAACGGCAAUGGUAAAGGCAAAAUAAUACAGAAACACAGCUCAGACGUGUCGGCCAGUACCACAUCCAGCACCGGUAGACCUCACUAG